GCUCUCGCUUCGCCUGCUUGUGCUUGCGUGUUCUCCCAUCACUUUCCGUGUGCUUUCGUCGUCUCGUCGCCACCUCGCCCGCUCGCUCGACAACCACCCCUGCGGACACCCUUCACCAUCCUCGACUGGUGUCUGUGAGUCCUCUGUCCGAUCGCCCCGAGUGUGAUCGGUAGUCACAAUCCGCGUGGCUGCCUCGACGAACCAUCCGCAAAACGCCCUCCACCAUGAAACUCGCCAGCAUGCUUGCCGUGCUGGUGGUCGCUGCCCUGGCUGCUUCCGUCUCAUCGACAAGCACCACGGCAACCACCACCACCACAACGACAACGACAACGCCAGCCAUUUCCGUGCCCGCAACCACAGCGACGAUGAACACAACAACGACAACAACGACAACGACAACUACAGCCGUGGUCACACCAACGGUUCCCGUCACGGAGUCGUCCACGUCCACGUCUUCCUCAACCUCCACUUCCUCCACCUCCACCUCUGAGUUUGGCGUGGACAACAUCCUCGACUGGACCGAGUUUGGCAACUUUGAGUUCCGCUUGAUCCAGCAGAAGCGCACGCAGGACGAGGCCCAGGCCAGCUGCGAGACGGAGGACGGCUACCUCGCCACCAUCCUGGAUCCCGAGGAGCAGACCUUCCUGCGCCAAGUCGUGCCAAAGUCAACCGACCUCAGGCAGGUGUGGAUCGGCGCCGAGUUUGACGACCUGCACCAGAACAUCACCUGGCAAGACGGCCGCACCACUUCCCUCUCUCCUCUGCCAUGGGCCGACGGUGAGCCCAACAACUUCAACGAUGACCAGUUCUGCGUCGUCUUCAGCACUGGCACCGUCGAGGACCGCGAUGGCACCUGGAUCGACAUGGGCUGCGAUUCCACCCGCGGCUACAUCUGCAAGCGUAACGCCUUCACCAGCUCCACCUCCACCUCAACAUCGUCUUCCACAUCCACCAGCUCCUCCUCCAGCACCAGCAGCAGCAGCACCACGUCCACUUCUUCCUCAACAUCGUCCUCCUCUUCCACCUCCACUUCCUCCUCAUCUUCCACCUCGAGCACAAGCUCAACGUCCUCAUCCACCUCAACCUCAACCUCCACAUCCUCCUCCACCUCCUCCUCCACCACAUCCACCACCACCACCACCCUCUUCUUCGCCCUUGGCGAGAACGGCGCCCUCUUUGAAGGCAACACGUACUACUUUUACGACGACAAGGUGCAGUUUGAUACUGCCCUCGCCGCGUGCCGCGACGACAACGCCGAGCUUGUCAGCCUCCUCAGCAACGACGAAUACCGCUUCUUCAUCGACUUCCUCAGCGUCGUCACCACCAACACCCAAAUCUGGCUCGGCGCACAGCUCUCCAACGAUGGCCUGUCCCUGGAGUGGACCGACAUGAGCCCAACAAACUUCACGGACCCGCUCGUCGGCACAACCCCGCUUGCUUGCGUCGUGCAGAACCAGGACAACGACCAGUGGGAGGACCUCUCCUGCACCCGCCGCCGCUCAUACGUGUGCAAGGCCCCUUACAUCACCACGGUCACAUCCACCUCCACCUCCACCAGCACGUCCACUUCAACUUCAACAUCCACUUCAACCUCCACUAGCACUUCAACCUCCACUAGCACUUCAACCUCCACCUCCACUAGCACCUCCACAUCUACAUCGACCUCGACGUCAACUUCGACUUCCACGUCUACGUCCACCUCCACAUCCACGUCCACUUCAACCAGCACCUCGACCUCCACUUCCACCAGCACCUCGACAUCGACCUCAACCUCCUCCACAACCUCCACAUCGACUUCCACAUCGACUUCAACCUCCACCUCGUCUUCUUCAACCUCUGAGUUCCUCGUCGAUAACCUCGUUGAGUGGACCGAGUUUGGCAACUUUGAGUUCCGCGUGAUCCAGGACAAGCAGUCGCAGGAUGAUGCGCAGGCCAGCUGCGAAGCUGAGGACGGCUACCUCGCCACCAUCCUGGACGCCGAGGAGCAGACGUUCCUGCGCCAGAUUGUGCCCAAGACGACAGACCUGCGCCAGCUGUGGAUUGGCGCCGAGUUCAACGAGGCCCACGACAGCAUCUGGUGGCAGGACGGCCGUACGACGCGCCUGUGGCCGCUGCCAUGGGAGGAGGGUGAGCCCAACAACUUUGAUGGCGACCAGUUCUGCGUUGUCUUCAACACGGGCACCACGGACGAGCGUGACGGCACAUGGGCCGACCUUGGCUGCCAGUCCCUGCGUGGCUUCAUCUGCAAGCGCAACGCCUUCACCACAUCGUCGUCCACCUCGACCUCGACCUCUACCUCCACCUCGUCGUCCACCUCCACGAGCAGCAGCAGCACGACAUCAACCUCGUCGUCCACGUCGUCCUCGACCUCGACCUCGACGUCCUCAUCGUCAUCCACCUCCACGUCUUCCUCCACAUCGUCGUCCACGUCCACGACCACCUCGUCGUCGUCAUCCACCUCGUCGUCGUCGUCGACUUCCUCGUCGACAUCCACCACGACAUCCACCUCCUCCUCCACGUCUUCGUCGACGUCGACGUCGACAAGCACCAGCACGCUGUUCCGCACUGUUGAGCCUGGCGUUGCCGUGUUUGAUGGGUCGCUGUACCAGUAUGUUGAUGAGAAGGUGACGUUUGACGAGGCGUGGGCCUACUGCGUUGACGAGUGGGAUGGCUCGCUGGUGAGCGUGCUGUCGCAGGCGGAGCUUGACUUUGUGCUUGUUGUGAUUCGUGCUUCGACGACCAACAACCAGGUGUGGCUGGGUGCCCACCUGACCGACGAUGGCGCGAGUAUUGAGUGGGUUGACGGCAGCGAGGCGGUUGACUUUGGGUGGCCGCUUGCUGCGUCUGCGACGACGCCAGGCGCGUGCCUUGUGCAGAACACCCAGAACGGCGAGUGGGAGGAGCUUCCCUGCACGCGCCGCCGCUCGUACAUGUGCAAGCGUGAGUACGUGACCACGGUGACAUCCACCUCCACCUCCACGUCAACCUCCACCUCUACAUCAACCACGUCCUCCACCUCCACAUCCACGUCGACAUCGACCUCCACCUCCACCUCCACGUCGACGACCUCGAGCACAUCGUCCUCGACGUCGUCCUCUACCAGCACCAGCACGUCUACCUCAUCCUCCACCUCUACGUCGACGUCCACAAGCACGUCUACCUCCACCUCAACCUCAACCUCAACCAGCACGAGCACGUCCACGAGCACCUCAACCUCAACUUCAACCUCCACGUCCACCAGCACAUCGUCCUCCACCUCGACCAGCACCUCGACCUCCACAAGCACGACAUCGUCGACUUCCACGUCCACAUCGACUUCGACGUCAACAUCGUCGUCCUCUUCCACGACGACCACGACAACACCCUUUGUUCCUCCAUCCGUGUUCAACCCAUCCUUUGAGGACAACGAGCUGAGCGCUGGCGGCUUCAUUGCGGCUGCGGACAACUGGGCGCUCUCUGGCCAGGCUGGCACCUUCUUCCCCAACAACGGCGAGUACAACGUGCCGGACCAGGACCAGGUGUUGUACCUCAACGCGGGGGCGAGCGCGUGGCAGCUGCUGCAGGGCGUGCGUCUUGGCGACAAGGUGCACGUGCAGGUGGCGGUGAACGUCGGCUGGCGCGCGGACUACGACCGCUUCCUGCAGGCGGACCUUGACGUGUACGCUGAGGAGAGUCAGGAGCUGGUUGCCAGCGCGAAGGUAACCGAGUUCUUCUUCACUGGCCUUGGCCCUGGCGACUUUGCUGCUGUGACGGUUGACGUGGUUGACUUUGGCCCUGAGCUCUGGGGCGAGCGCCUGCGCCUUGUCAUCACCAACACUGCUGACCGCCAGCAGGUCGGCAUUGACAACAUCAGCGUGGAUGUGUCGCUGGACACGACCACGGGCACAUCCACCUCGUCGUCCACGUCCACGUCUUCCUCCACCUCGACCUCCACGUCGUCGUCGACCUCCACGACCACGGAGUUUGUGAGUGUUCCUCUGGGCAACACGGGCUUUGAGUCGCAGGUUCUUGCGAACGAGGGCGACUUUGAGACGGUGAUCACGGACUGGGUUGUCUCUGGCGUUUCCGGCGUGUUCCACCCAUCUGCGGCCGAGUACGCCGACGGCGCGCCCGAGGGCAACAACGUCGCCUUUGUCAACGCAAACAGUGCCAUCAGCCAGGUGGUCAGCGACGUUGAGCUGAUCACGCUUGCCGAGGUGACCAUGACCUUCCGCGUUGGCUGGCGCCAGGACCAGGACCGCUUCUUGCAGAUGGAGGCGAAGGUGUACGCUGGCGAGGGUGAUGCUCGCAUGCUCAUCAGCUCGCGCCGCGUCCUGGAGACGGACGUCAUUCGCGGCGAGUUUGUGGAGCUCUCCGUUGUUGGCUUUGUCACUGCGGAACACAGCGCCUUCAACUCUGUCACCGUUGAGUUUGAGAACACCGCCCGCCGCCUGCAGGUCAACGUGGACGAUGUCUCGCUCACCAUUGUCAACCCGUAGAUGAUCCCUCCUCACACCUACAAUCCGCUACAUGCCGCCUUUCUUUCUUUUUCCUUCCUUUCUACCUUGUCCACCUUCUCCUCCUUCACAUCUUUGUUUUGGUUUGUUCUACAACCAACCUUUGUGUUUGUUGCUGUUUGCGUUGCUGUGAUGAAAGUGGCAUAUGUGGUGAUAAUUGUGCGGAUGUCCUUGUGUAUGAGAUGGAAGGUUGUGUGUGAGCGUUGUUUGAGUGCCUCUUGUUUCCUACCUGUGCGUUUGUUGUUGCGCUCGUCUGUGAAAUAACCUCUGCUUUUGGUGUCUUCUCCUUUUUACGACCCCACGCUUUCUCCUUUUCUUUACUUGCCCACUGGGUGUCCUCCAUUGGCGCUCCUCCUGCCUUUGAGGGCUUGUUUUCCCUACGUUCUGGACUAUGUGUCAUGAGGCUGUUGCACGUGUUUUUGUUUCCGGUGAUGUGAUGGUUUCGUUUCUAUGUCUGUGUCUGUGUGCUUGUGGUGUCUGUGGCAAGCACUGUGUGCGGGUGCGCAAGAGAAACGUUGCUCGCUUGCUUGCGCGCGAUUGCGACUUGGGCGUCUCGCCACAUGCUGUCCGUUUGUGGUUUGUCUUGGUGCGUGUGUGUGUGUGUGUGUGUGUGUGUUCUUUUCUGUCUUGCCUCUCCCAAUUUACACAGCAAGCCAAGA